AUGAAUAUACUCAAAGAAAAGCAUAGCGAGAGAAACGAAAGGGAUCAAGAAGAAACAGCUUUAAUUCUGGGCGUGCCGCGUCGACACGCGUCCAGCGACCUGAGGCGAUUCCUUGUUUUUCCUCUUUUUAACCCAACCACCAUCAACUCAACCUUCAACUUUACCAAACAACGUCUACCACCAUUACGACUCAACUGGUCCCCAACUCUCAAUCUCAGCUUAAUACGUCAACGGUCACUGGCUCUCGGCAUGGACAACCGCAAUCUUCAUUAG